GCUCUCCGGACUCUAACCCCACAUCUCAUAAAAAAUUGGGAUCCAUCAGGCCAUCAUGGCCGCGAUGUAUGGAUACAAAUCAUGUUGGAAUAAUUUGUAGUUGUGAGCAGAAAUAGCUGGAGAAAGAGAAGCAGAGAGAAAGAAAGACAGAAGACACGGAAGAGCGAGCGCGAGAGAGACCUUGAGUAUCGCAAAGGCUUCUUCAGUUCUUCUUCUUUUCAGUUUGUAGAUUCCAAGCUUUUAAAGGGAAUGUGCAAGGUUUCCCAUUGUCAGGUUAUUCUAGAGUCUUCUUAAUGGCCGCAAUAUACAGCCUCUUUAUCAUCAACAAAUCUGGGGGAUUAAUCUUCUACAAGGAUUACGGAUCAGCAGGGCGAAUGGAUACAAAUGAUAGCCUGCGGUUGGCAAGUUUAUGGCAUUCAAUGCAUGCGAUCUCUCAACAAUUGUCGCCCACUAUGGGUUGUUCUGGGAUUGAACUCCUCGAAGCUGACACAUUUGAUCUUCACUGCUUCCAGUCACUUACUGGAACAAAAUUCUUUGUGGUUUGUGAACCUGGAACACAGCACAUGGAUGACCUCUUAAAAAUCAUCUAUGAACUGUACACAGAUUAUGUGUUGAAAAAUCCCUUCUAUGAGAUGGAAAUGCCAAUUCGGUGUGAGCUUUUUGACCUCAACCUCUCCCAGGCAAUUCAGAAGGACCGUGUUGCAUUGCUGGGGCGAUAAGCCUUUAUGUAGUGACUACCAGAUGGAUAGUCAAUCUCUGUUUAUUCAUGUUUUAAUAAUGAUGGCAUGAUAUAAACUGUU